CCGAGCACGACCAUCGUAUCUACUGAUAAUUCGUGCUAUUUAACAGUAAUUUAAUUUUACGUAGCAAAAUGGAGACCGAUAUUCUUGAUUCUCUGGAAGAUUUGGGGUACCAAGGUCCGUUGUUGGAGGAUGGAGCUCUGGAGUUAGCCGUCAGUGGUGGUGCAUCUUCACCUGAAUUUACCAAACUGUGUGCCUGGCUUGUCUCUGAACUGAAACUCUACUGCAAACUAGAGGAGAAUGUCCAUGCCACAAACAGUCCCAGUGAGGCAGAGAGUUUUCAGCUGGAGAUGAGUGGUCUGUUAGCAGAGUUGUCCUGCCCUUAUCCAGCUCUCACCACAGGAGACAUCACAAAACGCCUCCUUAACGCCAAUGACUGCAUGCUUCUGCUAACUUUCCUUAUCUCCGAGUUGGAGGCAUCCAGGAUGUUGCAGGUGAACCGGCCCCAGAAGAAGACUCAGGAGAGUGGAGGUAGUGAAGUGUUUAUGGAGCUAAAGGGGAUCUGUGUAGCUCUUGGCAUGUCUAAACCCCCUGCCAACAUCACCAUGUUCCAGUUCUUCAGUGGAAUCGAGAAGAAGCUAAAGGAAGCUUUAUCUAAAGUGCCACCGUCUCAUGUCGGAGAACCUAUUCUGAAGAAGCCUCUUGGUCCGGUUCAUUGGGAGAAAAUCGAAGCGAUCAACCAAACACUUGUGAAUGAGUAUGAGGUCAGGAGGAAGAUGUUAUUGAAACGUCUGGAUGUCACUGUGCAAUCCUUUGGUUGGUCAGACAGAGCCAAGAGUAAUGCUGAGAAGCUGGCUAAAGUUUACCAGCCCUUGCGGUCAGCAUUAGCUGGGAAGACAGCGGUGUCAGUAGCUCAUCUGUUUGCUGCCCGAGAAGACCUAUCCAAGAUCCUGCGUACCAGCAGCGGCCGCAUUCGUGAAAAGAGCGCCUGUGCUAUCAACAAAGUUCUGAUGGGCCGGGUCCCAGACAGAGGGGGUCGACCCAACGAGAUCGAGCCCCCGCCCCCAGAGAUGCCGACCUGGCAAAAACGACAGGAUGGCCCACAAGGUGGUGGCGGCCAACAGUACGGAGGCGGUGGUGGCGGCGGCAGAGGAGGCGGUCAGGGAGGCUACGACCAACGCUCACAGGGGGGCAGGGGAGGUUACGACAGAGGGGGCGGAUCUUAUGAUAGAGGAGGUAGAGGUGGAGGAGGUGGACGUGGUGGUAAGGUCCAGGGCGGUUGGUCAGACGGCACAGGCGGUGGGGGUGGGUACCAAGGAUAUUACCAGGAUGGAGCUGGACAUCAGGGUGGUGGGGGUAGGGGAGGUUAUGGAGGAGGAGGUUACCAGGGAGUACCACAGGGUCCUGGCUACCCAGGAGGAGGCUACCAGUCUGGGGGAGGAUACCAAGGAGGAGGCAGUUACCAACAUGAUGGCGGUCACUACCAAGAUGGAGGCCAUCAUCAGGAAAGAGGGGGUAGGGGGGGUCGUGGAGGCCGUGGAGGGAGAGGUAGAGGAGGGAGAGGAGGUCCUGGAGGUCAAGGUGGAGGCUGGGGUGGGAGAGGGGGACAGAAUUUUAACCAGGGUGGGCAGUUUGAACAGUUCUUCCAGCAAGGAGGACACCAGUAUAGUCAAGCAGGGUUUGGCCAAGGCAGACACUACACUAGCUGAAAGGCUGACUAUCUUAACCAUGGCUGGAGGCUUCUGGCAAGAUCUUGAGGGGUGUGGAGGGAGAAAGACUAAUGUCUUAAAUUUUCACAGUGUGAAGGUAAAAGAUCGAAUUGCCGUCGUUCACAUUAUUAGUCCUUUAAACAGGAGCAAUGCUGUUGGGGAAACUUUUGAAGCAAAUGUAGGACACAUUCCUUUGCAUGGUUUGAGUUGCCAAUGAAGAAAAUUGUGUUCUUCUGAAAGACGUCCUCUUAGCAAUAGCUCAUUUCUGAAGUAUUGUCAAGAUGCCAUUAACCCCACCUUCUCCUCCUCCUCCCCCGAUGUGAAUUUCUGUGUCUGUGCAGAAGUCUAUUCUGCAUUAUAACAUGACAACUGGUCUUGCUCCAUCUUUUGCCUGCGUUGUGGUGUGUCAUAAUCUCAAAUCUCACUAAGCCUUAAAUCAAUUCAAAGGAGAGACGGAAUCAGGCGGUUCAUAGUUGCCACCCGUCAGUUCUGUUCAUAACAGUGUUAACCCACUAUGCAUCCAGUUUUGAAGACUUGUUACCAUGUUAAGUUCCUCAUCUGUUGUUUCUUUGAAACCAAAUAGUACUUGAAAUGAGGUUAGUCCCCCUCCCAGGAAUGUGUUGCUUUAAAUGUUGGUUUACAUCAGAAGAAAAGAGGACUUUUAGAAUAUGGGGAUUGAGAAUCCUAAUAAUCAGAUGUAUGAUUGUUACUUUACUUUUUGUGUGGAAAGCUUUUGUUUCUGGACUUUGAUGUUGAAAGAGUGAACCAGAUGCUGCUUCAUGGGAAAAUAAGUGCACGCAAUGUAGAAAAGACUGAUUUAAAGAGUGAAUGAAA